CAGCCAAUGAGUGGAUUUCGAUUCGUUGUCUGUGACGUAACGGUACUUGUGACUUUGUGUUUCAAAUGCGGUGCCCCAGUUACGCCUUAUUAAAAAUGGCGGCCAAGACGAAGCAGUGACUCUGCGCGCCACAAAGUAGCACUUUAGCGACGUUUCCAGAAGUGGUAAUUGUAGAAGUGGACGAGCGGGAGAAAAUUGCAACGUGGAAAUUUGGAUGUGGCGUCGACACGGACGACUAAAGGCGUACUUCUGGUGAUUGUGGGUGAGCUUGGACGUGCGCUUUGCUUGUUCAAUUCGGCAAAAUAGAGGAGGGGUUGUUUUUGUUGACGAUUGAACAUUCAAGGAGGAUUAAGAGUGACUCUUCUCACGGGGCCGACAGCAAGCGAGGGGACUUCGUUGCUACUUUGUGCUCGAGGGACUGUCGGCCAGCCACCAUUGUUGCCAUUAACGCCGACUUCCAGUUUCCUUGUCGCCCUCGGCGAAGUGGACACGCGGUCGGCUCGUUUCAAAGCAGUCGCGUCGGUGCACGAACAUGAAGCGAGCGCCGCUGCUGUCGCUGUUUUGGUCGUCGCUGCUUGGCGCCGCCGUCGGUGUGGACGUGCACUUCGCCGAGGGCCAGAAGCUGACCCUGCGGCCGGUCUUCCGGGGCCCCAUCACGAGCAUUGAGUGGAAGCGGAACCGCCACCUUCUGGCCGAGUGGUACGAAAGCCUUGAGCGGCCCAUCUACUUCGGCGGCGAAACCUUCAAGGGCCGAAUCGCCCUCGACGUGAGCACCGGCACGCUGGAGAUCGCGGACGCGGUCGCGACGGACGCGGGCCUGUUCACGCUGGCGCUGAACGACGUGUCGCAGGACGACGACUUCAUUGUCAAGUUUCUCCGACUUGUCCCCGAACCGGAAGUGCACGUGAGCCCGGUGGCGUGCUCGGCCGAGUCCGAGAACUGCACGCUGCGCUGCGGCGGAAACACCAGCGGCGCGGAGGCGCUCACUUACUUUUGGAGAACCGAACCCGGAACCGAAACGGUGGGAGAAAGCUACAAGGUGAUCGACCGGACGACCGAGGCGGUCAGGAGCUUCGUGUGCGCCAUGGAGAACCCGUUGGGCCGGAAGGAGAGCAAACCCUUGUACAACCCGUUCUAUCGGGAGCGGCCCGGGCCGGGACCGGGCGUCAUCGCGGGCGCGUGUGUGGGAGCCCUGGCCAUAGUUGCCGCGGUCUGUUUUGGCGUGUUCUGGUUCUACUGUAAGAAUCGAAACGACGUCACCGUCAACGGGUCCGGCGCAGCCUCGCGCGCUACCGACCGGGAAACGGAACUGGCGGUGAGCAAACCGCUGCACGCCGACGCUUGAUCGCCUGUCGCCGUCUGCAGUUGCCAUGGAGACGGAGGACGAUGUCGACAGAUUAGCUUCAGCAAACAUGCAAAGUGCAUUUCUAUUCAGUGAGCCGCAGCCAAAAAAUUGCAAUUGCCGAUAGAUCCCGCAGAGCACUUCUAUUCGAUAAAGCUGUGCGCUGAGUCCAAAUGAGUCGUUAUUGUACUGCAGAACCCCCCAGCUUGAGGUCACAAACUGAUGCCUGAACAUUCUCCUCCAGGACUUUCUGGUCAAGAACAGAAUUGAGGGUUCCAUCCAUCACAGCAAGUUGUCCAGGUCCUGAAGGAGAAAAGCAGUCCAAGACCAUCACACUACCAUCACCAUGUUUGACUCUUGCCAUCAUGUUCUUUUUCUUAAAUGCUGUGCUUCAUUUUCACCAGAUGUAACAAGACACAGUCAUUCAGGUUUUCUUUUGCAAAGACGAGCCUUUGUGUUCUAUUUGGUCAGCAGUUGUUUUUGCCUUCCAGUCUCUCCCUUAUUGUUGUCAUGAACAAAACUGAGGCAAGGGAGGCCUGCAGUUUUUUACAAGUUGUCCUGACUUCCUUUGUGGCCUCCCGGAUGAGGCACGGGGAGAACAUGCAAACUCCACACAGGCGGGGCCGGGGAUCGAACCCCAGUCCUCAGAACUGUGAGGCUGACACUCUAGACAGUCAUCCACCGUGCCGCCAGGCUUGGGUGUGAGCUGUGAAAAUUAACCAAAAGUUGUGAUUAGCCACAAUUAAUUCAAGGGGGGUAAUUACCUUUUUCACAUCGGGGCAGGUAACUGAAUAGUUUUUUCCCCCUAAAUAAAUUAAAUCACCAUUUAUAUAUAAAAAAAAAAAAAAAAAGGCAUUUUAAGUUCACUUGUGUUAUAUUUGCAUUUGUUUGAUGAUCUUAAAGUCGGGAAACUGUGCAAAAAGAAUUUGACAGGAGGGGCAAUGCUUUUUCACGGCACUGUAAAUAUACAAGUAAACCAAGCAGACAGACAACGUAGUCUACAAAGAGAAGCCAGCGUUAUUUAAAAUGCAUGAAAUGAAGAAUAUGAAGCAACAGCCUGGACUGAAGAAUAUGAAGCAACAGCCUGGACUGCUUUUUUGUUUUUGGUGUUAAAUAUUGUCUAGUUUCAUUUUCAAACAAAACUAUAUAAUAAAAAAGCUUUUGAAUGAC